AUGCAGGUUAGUCCUGGAAGAGUGAUGUUAAACAAUAGUUUUUCUUUCUGGGCAACAAAAAAUGACAACAAGCCUGAUUUACUCUGUGGGAGGCCAGCGGAUUACUUUGUGGUCCAGAAGCAUUUCACAAUUCUUAUAUGUGCCACUAUUGUUUUGGGAGGGUUUUCAAGGAUGGUCUUAAAGAACUCUGAGGUCUUUGUCUUGAUGAUUCUCUCUCUGUCGGGAUUUGUGACAGGGCGACUGGCUUACCAUUUUGUUGAGGUGCACCAAAUUGUCUACCCUCUUCUAAAAACACCAAGCUUUUCACUGUAUAGUUAUUUUUUACCUUUAAUUGUAUUUGUGGCUGCUUUGGAUGUGGACUUUUAUAUAGUCAAGAACGUGUUUUGGCAGGUCUUGCUAACAGGCGUGAUUAGUUUUGGCACAGCGCUCUCCAUCAUUUCAUUCGUGGUCCUGAAAAUGCACGACGACACGUGGGACGUGCAGUGCAGCAUGCUCUUCAGCAUCACCAUGUGUAUCAUAGACCCUCUUCACUCCGUCAACUCUCUCAAGACGAUCGGCAUUUCUAAAAUGUACACGGAUAUUAUAAGAGGAGAGUCGCUGAUCAUUUGUAGCUUCACAUGCAUUUUCUUUGGAAUUUUUCGAGGCCACACAACUAACUUUUCCAUGUUCAGGGAGUUACACGUGAUCAUUGGACUCAGCUUUGAUAUUUUUGGAAGUACAAUAUGUGGAUACUGGUGUACAAGAGUCAUUCAGAUUAUAUUGACCGACCUCUUUAGCAACUCACUGACGAACGUUGUUCUCUGUUUUUCACUGGUGUACAUGACUUUUUACCUUGUGGAAUAUUUCGGAAUGUCGGGCAUUGUUGCCUUGGUCACCGUCGGCCUGAAUUUGGAUUCUUUAAGCUUUAAGCCAAGGAUGGAAUUCAUAAUUACUAAGUUCUUAAUAAUGUGUUCCUCUGUAUACGAACACUUAAUAUAUGCUUUCUUCGGCAUUGUUAUUGGCUGUGGAGAAAUCCAGUAUUUCAGAUUUCACUCCCUAGUUUUCAUUGUGACUUUAUUCGUAACAGUGAAUUUUGUAAGGCUGCUUACCAUCAUUUUAGUGAGCCCUAUUUUGAUGCAUUCAAGUUAUGAGUAUGACUGGCGUUGGGGAGUCGUCAUUGCGUGGUCUGGGAUCAGAGGUGUCUUCAGCUUACUCUUAGCUCCCGAUAUUUACAAUUUUUCGGAAUUUAAGUUACCGGCGCCACAUAUGAGUAGCUUUGAAAAGCAGUGUAAUGAUGGUAUCCUUGGAGUAGAGGCAGCUCGAAUAUUAAUCGGUGCCACCAAAAGCUACUGCCCCAUCCACGGAAAAUUCAUGAGUAUUUCUGAUGUUUCAACUUACGUGAGAGCUAGAAGUUGGCUUAUAAAGUUUAAAAACAUGUUAACUUACAUAGAAUAUCACAAAGAAAGGGUCCUUUUUACUGUGCCUGGGAAUAAUAAAUUUCUGAUUUUUGUCUACCGAAUUAUAAUUUCAGAAGAAUUUGAAUAUGCAUCACAUGUUGUAACAGUCAUGUAUAUUUUCCCUAUGAUAAUACAUUUGUGGCCAACUGCAAGAGAGUUAAAUGUAUCGGCACUGACAUCCAUAAACUACUACUUUAUGUUUUUAUAUACAUUAGAAUCAGCACUGAAGAUGCUAAUUUUGAAAAGGAAAUAUUUUCUUCAGAAUUGGAACACUUUGGACUUUUUUAUCAUAGUCAUUGGAAUCAUUGAUAUAUUGUGCAUGUACUUCGUUAAGCUGAGGCCAGACAGCUUGGUUUUCAUCCAGAUUACGGUGGUGAUAGGCUAUUUAAGAGUGAUUAGGUUUCUCCCCAUCUUCAAGAUUAUAGUACCAAUACUAAUAAAUAUGGCAGACAUUCAGAUCAAAAAGAGCCUCAGCUUGAUGUACAGUAUUACAAAAGGCUAUGUCAAAAGUCAGGAAGAUGCCAAGCUUUUGGUAAGGCAAAUUUCUGGACGUGAAUCAAUCUAUCGGAAAUUAUAUGACAUUUUAGAAAAGAACAAACGAGAAGCUAUUAGAGAGCUAGGACUCAUAGAGCAUGAAGGCCGUGAUGUCGUCAUAGCUCUGAAGACAAAGCAGACAGUCCGCAACGUGAUUGCCAAAGCCCUGAAAAACCUCACCUUUCUUUGGUCAAGAGGCAUCAUUGACAAGCAUGAGGGCAUUGAGAUGAACAAGGUACUUCUUACAAAAAUCAAAGCCUUGAAUAACUUUCCAAUGGCGAUCCCACCUCCCACCCCUGACAAAUACCUUCCCAACAUCAUCUGGAUGGAAAAUAAAGAUGUUCUCAUUGAGUUUUUCAAGGAAAGAACCAAACUCACUUACUUUGACUAUGGGGAUAUCAUUUGUAGAGAAGGUGAAAUGCCGCAAGGAGUCUUCUUAAUUAUUUCAGGAAUGGCGAGUCUACAUAGCUCAUCUCCAAACUUUGGGAUAGACGCAAGCCACAUAAAUGACAGACAGUACAAGAUUAUGUAUACAGAGUACUGUACCAGUGGGGAUGUACUUGGUGAGCUAAGCUGUUUGCUUAAGCGUGAAAUUGAAUAUACGGCCAUCUGUGAAACUACGUUGCAGGCCUUCUUCAUCUCCUUGGAGGAUUUAUAUGAAGGUUUCGAUGUCUUCUGGCCAUCUCUAGAAUACAAAAUGUGGCUCAAGCUUGCUCUUAGUAUUGCAAAUCAGUAUUUUGAAUCAAGUAUUGCUGGUGAGGAUUUAAAGUUUCAGAAGUGUGUGAUGUUCAAUCAUGCGUAUGUGGAGACUCUGUCGAGCUAUAAUGAAAUGACUCUUAAUCACGUGACCAUGAAACUCAUUAUUCUUGUGUACGGCAAUGUGAUCAAUAGCAAAACAGAAGAAACACAUGUCGCACCCUGCAUCAUUCCUAAGUCUUGUGAGCAGAUCCAGGGAAUUUCAGAUGUAAGCAAGCUUCUCAUAAUCCCGACAUCUGAGCCUGUCAAAAACGACGCGACCUCCCACGCCAUGGUCAACACUGGUCUUCGAACAACCAAGAAAGACUAUAGCUGGAAGAGAAAAGAUGAGCUGCAAGAGCUGAUGUGGAGAAGUCUGAGCAGUGCUAGAAGUUAUGCCUACAUUUGUGAAAGCAAAGGGCUUGUUACCCUGGGCCAGAACAGAAUAGAGCCCAGUUUGAAGGUGGACACCUCUUUAGAAAGUCAUUUUAACGAGACAGCUCUGAUGUGUGGAGCCAGGAGUGGUGUAAAGAGCUUUCGAACAGGUGGAGGCUGCUUAGUUUUGUUUGUCAGUUUGCCACAACAGAGAAUAGUUACUUGCGGAGAGAGCCUCAGUUGUGGAAUUACCUUGAUCGAGUGGGCCCAUGGGCAGUUUUAUGGUGGGGAUUGUCUUGACCGUUAA